AUGGAAGAAGGCACAGAAAGUGAUUAUUCUACGACUGGGGAGUCAUCUGAAGAAUCAUCAGGUUAUUUUACGGGCCAUUUCACUACUAAAAGAAGUACUACUCAAAGUACGAUAUCUCUUCCAGUUGCUAAAAAAUCCGAGAGCACAAAAAUAACGGUAGCACCUGAAACAAGCGGGGAAAAGCCUGCAGGAGAGAAAAAAUCUGAUGAAUCAUCUGAUCAUAUUACUUUUGAAUCUACAUCCAAAAGAACAACUUCCCCUGCUGCCAAAAGACCUGAAGACAUAAAACCUUCUAUAGCUCCUAAAACAAGUGGGAAUUUUGAUGAGAAAGAUACAUUAAAAGAAUCAUCAGACCGUUCAACGGUUCAAAGUACGGCUUCUGAAAGAAGCAUUACUAAACGUAAAUCGUCUGUUUUGACUACUGAAACAACUGAAAAAACCGAAAGCAUGAAACCUAUUAUAACACCUGAAACAAGUAAGAAAAAACCUGCCAAGGAAGAUAAAUCUGAAGAAUCAUCUGAUCAUAUUACUAUAGAUACUACUACUGCUGAAGUAAGUACUAGUAAGAGUACUUCCUCACUCUUAGUUAGGGAUACAAAUGAGACUGAGCAAGUAACACUUGAAGCAAGUGGUGAAAAACCUGCUGGUGAAGAUAAAUCAGAAGAAUCAUCCAAUCAUAUUACUGUCGAUACUACAACUGAAAAAAGUACUGUUGAAGGCACGAAGUCUCCUCCGAGUACAGAAAAAAUCAAGAAAGAAACUGCAUCCACUAGAACUCAAUCAUCUGAGCGAGGACAUCAAAAACCUGGUGAGGAAUCUCAAGAAUCUGACCUUGAUCAAAAAUCGAUUGAGCCUAAGGAAGAACUUGGGGAAGAAACUGGUCAGGAACCUGAGAAAGAGACUGGGCAGGAGAGAGGUGAGGAGCCCGAUGAUGAACCUGGGCAAGAGACGGGUGAAGAGCCUGGGCAAGAAACAGGUCAGGAGUCUGACGAAGAAACUGGGCAAGAAAGUGGACAAGAGCCAGGGCAAGAGAAAGGUGAAGAGCCUGAGGAAGAGACUGAGCAAGAAACCGGUCAGGAGCCUAAGGCAGAACCUGGGCAAGAAAGUGGGAAAGAACCUGGACAAGAAAGUGGGAAAGAGCCUGUACAAGAAAGUGGGAAAGAACCUGGACAAGAAAGUGGGAAAGAGCCUGAAGAAGAAGCAGAUCAAAUACCUUCAAUGUUUUUGCUAGAGCGCCAAGGACAUGCUGAAAAUGAUACACCCAAAGAAACAUCAGUUAAUUUUACAAUCGAUACUAAAAAUGAAAAAAGCACUGCUAAAGAUAAAAUAUCUCUUUUGACAGCCAAAAAUACUGAAGAAGGAACUCCAACUAAUGCGUCUGUUACAGUUGGAAAAGUACGUCUGGUGCCUAAGAGGGCUCCUCAAGAGCCUCGUGAAGCAUCUCAAGAACCCAAGCAAGAGCCCGAAGAAAUACAACUAUUGCCAAAAUACGAAAAACCUGAACAUGCACCUUUCAUGUUUUGGAGAGAAGCUCUAAAACGUGACGAAAGAGAUGCAUCUAAAAAACCAUCAAAUAAUUUUAUUAGAGAUCUAAAUACUGACUUAAACUCUACUGAAAGGGCUCUUUUUAUUAGAAAAACCGAGGAAAGAUAUUCGACUAUUGCAUCUCAACCAUAUGGGCUUCAAGAGCCUGCGAAGGAGGCAAUAUCAGAUAGAGCUACUGGUAAAAUUAGUAGAGGCAGUACUAUUGAAAGUACAUCUGAAGAAUCGUCAGUUUUGACCAUUCCCGAUAAGACGAGUUCAUUAACUACAGCUGAAGUUGAAAUGCAGCAACAAAAAUCUUUUGAUGAGAUGUCUGAUGAAGAGCAUAGUUCAACGAAAAAAUCUGGUGAUAAGUCACAAAACAAACAGUAUCAAGAAGAAGGAAGGUUUAGAUUAGUUUACCCAGAACAACUAGGAGGUGAACGUCCAAGGCAAGAAGCAAAAUACGAAGAGCAAGUCAAGGAAGAAAACGCGAAGAAUGAGGGAAGGGAAACACCUAAAGAAGUUGGUUCCAAUCUAAAAAUUCUUAAGGAAAAUCCAAACAUAUCAGCUGAGCAAAUAAGCUGUGAGGAAGAAUCUCAAAAAUUUCUUAGUAAUCAGUCUACUAAAAUAUCUUCUGGCAGAAAAGCUCAACAGGAUGUUCAAGCAAAAGCAUCAUCCGAGAAAACUGAAUCUGACAAGCAAACCCUGAAAGCUGGUGGUUUAAUUUCAUCUGAAGAGGACCGUAGCGCAAGCCAUGAGCAAGCAGUUGAAGAUAAGUCUCUAAACUCUGGAAUUGGUGUUCAGUUGGAAAAAUCGAAGAAACCGGAACAAUCAGAAAUGGAAAAAAUGUCUACAAUUUCUCAAACGCUACGAGAAAGUGAAGAAACUAUUUUUGAUCUGAAAUCUUCGAGAGAUUAUUCUGGUGAAAAUUUUCGCAACGCUUCUUCCAAACUAGAUUCUAAUGAAAAUUACCUAAGACAAGAGGUUCAGAAAAAGGAGGCUGUGGAAGGUCCUGCAUUUCUGGAUUCUGCUAGCCAAAAUAAUCACUUCGAAGUUCAGUCUCAGGGCUCUGACAUCGGUGUUCAGCCUCAAAGUUCGGAUUUCGUAAUUCAGUCUCAUGAUUCUAUCUUCGGAGCUCAGAAUGAAAAUUCUGAUUUCGACGCAAAGUCUCAAAGUUCUGACUUCGGAUUUUUAUCGGAAAAUUAUGACUUCAGAGAUCAGUCUAAAAAUUUUGAAUUUGAAGAUCAGUAUAAAAAGGCUGACUUUGGAGAUAGAUUUAAAAUUUCUAACCUUGGAGUUCAGUCUGAAAAUUCUGACUUUGGAGUGCAGUUUAAAAAUCCUGAUUUCAUAGAUCAGUCUCAAAAAUCUGACUCUGGAACUCGACCUCAAACAGUAGGCUUCGGAGAUCAGUUUCAAAAACUAGGCUUCGGUGCUCAGUCUCAAAACUUGGACUUCAGAUCACAGCCUCAAAACUCUGAUUUCGGAGCUCAGCUUCCAAACUCUGACUUGGGAGCUCAGUCUCAAAAAUCUGACUUUGAAGCUCAUUCUCAAGAAUUUGACCUUGGAAUUCCAUUUGAAAACAAAGGGAUUCAGUCUGAGGAAUUUGAUUCUGGAAUCAAGUCUCUAAGUGGAAAAAACAAAGACUUCGAUGGCGAGACAGAAAGAAAUAACAGAGAGAAAAUGUUUCAUAAACAAGCCUCCCUAGAAGAAAAACGAGUUGUUCAACCUCAACAAGGAUCUCAGAAUCUUCAGUUUCUUCAAAGUACGCAAAUAACUGGACAGCAUACAAAUAAACUUAAUGCUACACAAGAGCCGCAGAAAGUUGAUUCAAACCAGUAUAUGGAUAAGGAAGUUGGAGAAUAUUUUGCAGGUAUCGGCAGUGAUGUAGAAAAGAACUCCGAGAAAUUACAGUUUAGAAAACAACCUGAUCAAUUCGGAAUUUCAAAAGAAAAGUCAAAUACUAGUUCGAAAUUUGUAACUGCAAAUCAGAACAUGGAUGGAUCUCGUUUUAUAAAAGGAAAUGAACAGAUUCUCACACUCGAGAAAACUCUAGAUUCAAGGGAAAAGACAGGAAAUGUCACUUAUAUGAGUGGAAAACGUUCUGGAGAAGAAAACCUUUCUCAAGAAAACUACCAUGGAGAUAUUUUAAAUGAGCAAACGGCAUCUAAGUACCCGUCAGAAGAAAUGUGUCAAAAGCAAGGACUUGACUGUGAGACUUCAGAAAAUAGUGUGGAAGAUAUGGAAGAUACAAAACAAAAUGAGUGUGAAGGUGUAGGAGGUCAACUGAAAUGUGUGAGUUCAGAAAAUGCUGUGAAAGGGAUAGAAAAUGCAAACAAGAAGUGUAUGGUUGAGGGAGGUCAACUGAAUUGUGACAGUGCAGAAAAUGACGCAGAAGAGGUGGAAAAUAUUGGGAAAGGGAUGGGAAAUGCAAAUAAGAAGUGUGAGGUUGAGGGAGGUCAACUGAAUUGUGACAGUGCAGAAAAUGACGCAGAAGAGGUGGAAAAUAUUGGGAAAGGGAUGGGAAAUGCAAAUAAGAAGUGUGAGGUUGAGGGAGGUCAACUGAAUUGUGAGAGUGCAGAAAAUGACGCAGAAGAGGUGGAAAAUAUUGGGAAAGGGAUGGGAAAUGCAAAUAAGAAGUGUGAGGUUGAGGGAGGUCAACUGAAUUGUGAGAGUGCAGAAAAUGACGCAGAAGAGGUGGAAAGCACUAAUGAGUGUAUGGGUGAAGAGGGACAACAGAGAUGCGACAAGAAUAGUGCCAAAGGAAGCAAGGGGAAGUCAAGGAAGCAGUUAAUGGAGAAUGACGAGGUAGAAGAAUACGAUGAGGGAGAGCUAAUGAAGUCUGAUGAAGAUUUUGAGAAGGAAGGUUAUGGAGAAAAACGAGGCCCUGGACGUUCUGGACAGCAUAAGCCUGCAGGUUCUGGAGUACAAAAGCCGGGAGGGAGUUUUGAUAUAGAUUAUGAGGAGGAAGGUGAUGAAGAUGAAAAACUAAAGCUUGGAACCCCUGGUAAGCAAAGGCCAGGUGGUCCAGGAAAACAAAAGCCAGGAGACAGUUCGGAUAUGGAUUAUGAGGAGGAAUGUGAUGAAAACAAUGAAAAACCAAGGCCUGGUACCCGUGGUAAGCAAAGGCCUAGCCCUUCUGACGAACAAAGGCCUGGUGGUCCAGAAAAACAAAAGUCAGGAGAAAGUUCGGACAUGGAUUGUGAGGAGGAAGGUGAUGAAGACAAUGAAAAACCAAGAUCUGGCACCCCUGAUAAGCAAAGGCCUAGUCCUUCUGAUCAACAAAGGCCUGGUGGUCCCGAAAAACAAAAGCCAGGAGAAAGUUCGGAUAUGGAUUGCGAGGAAGAAGGUGAUGAAGACAAUGAAAAACCAAGAUCUGACACCCCUGAUAAACAAAGGCCUAGUCCUUCUGAUCAACAAAGGCCUGGAGAAGGUUCGGAUAUGGAUUGUGAGGAGGAAGGUGAAGAAGAGGUUGAAAAACCGAGACCUGACUACCCUGAUAAGAAGAAACCUAGACCUUCUGAUCAACAAAGGCCUGGUGGGCCAGGAAAACAAAAGCCUGGAGAGAGUUCUGAUAUGGAUUACGAAGAGGAAGGUCUUGAAGACGUGGAGAAACCGAGCCCUGGUGGUCCAGGAAACCAAAAGCCAGGAGAGAGUCCUGAUAUGGAUAGUGAGGAGGAGGAUUAUGAAGAAGUCGAAGAACAAAGUCCUGGAGCUCCUGAUAAGCGAAGACCUGGCCAUUCUUCCCAGCAAAAGCCUGGAUAUCCUGGCCAGAGAAGACCUGGCUAUCCUGACCAACAAAAACCUGGAUCUGAGGGAGAUAUAGAAUUCCCAGAUGUUAAGGAAAAUGAAAUCCCAGAUGAAGCUGAAAGAGUUGUUCAGAGAUAUACAAGGCCACCAAUUUCAACUGUCUGCUUUCCAGAACAAACUAGCGAAGAAUAUGAGGUUAUCACCCAAACUGGAAUAAGUAUUCGAUUUGUCGAGGCUAAAACGAUCAUUCGUACCAGAACAGUUAUUAGUGUUAUAACCGAAGAAAUUGAAUGUACAGCUCUAGUUACCGAAAUAGUCCGAAGAAAAACUCCAACAACGAAGGUGUAUGUUACUUAUCCUUUGACAACAAUUACUCAUCUUGACAGAAUAUACAGAACAACAAAGCGCUAUGUUACCCUUCCUCCUCAAGAAUGUACUGCCAUAGAAGAACAGCCACGCUAUACGCAAACUGUGAAAUUUAUCCCAUCAGCAAGAGUUAUAGAGCGAACGAGGCCGCCCCAAAGACCUGUUACCAUAAUUAUCACGUUUCCUCCUUUCAGAACACGAUAUACUUUUCCUGAUACCACUGUCAAACGCCAUACUUACAUUCCGAAAGUUGAGGAAGAGUGCGACACUCAAACGGUGACUACAGUUGGAAUCCAAUGCAUUCGUCCUCCAAAAAGACCGCCCAUAAGGGAAAGAAUUACGCCUACAACUAUUAAACGCCAGCGAGUGACUCCAAGAAGAAAACUUACUGAUCAAAGACUUUCUCUUAAUUUUAGGACCUGUCUAUGCAGUAACAAAGUAUCCCAUAAUGCCAAAACCAAUGGAGUGUUAUCCAGAAGGUUUAUGGGUUCUGAAAAUAACAGCAUGUGUGAAAAACAUAACAUCAGAAAUCCGUAA